AUGAGCUGGAGCAACCCUGUGACUGCCAACACUUAUGACGAGGCGAUGUUGGUGCUUGACACGAUCCAAAUUGCUGUUGAAGAGCAAAACGCGUGCUCAAAUCCUAUCCAACGCCUGUCGUCAAGCUGCGCAAGCGACGUCUCGGUGGAUUUCCUGCAACGACAGGUGGAGUAUCUGAUGAACCUGGUUGAGGCUCCAAUUGAAGUGCGCAAUGAGAUGAAGAAGCGGUGGGCGGAGCUCCGUAAGCGGCAGCUAGGCGUGUUCGUAUCCGAGGUUAACAACACGCUAACGCUGCUCCACCCGACAGAGACCGAAGAUUUACUCACGCUGCUGCAUCGAGAGCUGCAAAACACUAACUAUUCGGAUACCCAGCAGCAGAUUAUUCGCAAGGCAUACGACGAGGCUUGCUCGAUGCGUCCUGGCUCGAUAAUUGAGUCCUUGCCUGAGUGGUUCAUUGGCUGGUACGAGCUGGAAGACGACGUCGUCUUCGCGCGUGGGGGUUAUGGCGAGGUGUCGAGGGCCAAGUGGCUGGGCUCCGACGUCAUUGUGAAGCGAGUGAUCAUGGCUGCAGAACUGAGGGAUGCUCAGCGACGGAUGUUCCAGCAUGAAGUUGACCUGUGGUUCGGACUGAACCAUCCUCAUGUCGUUAAGCUCUUUGGCGGAUGCCACAUUGGAACCCCUUUUUUCGUGUGUGAGGAAGCCCACAAUGGAUCGCUGGACAAGUAUCUGAUUACGAACCCCAGCGAGGUGUGGCAGAAACUGUAUGAGGCGGCGCUGGGUCUGGAAUAUUUGCACGCCCGCGGCAUCGUUCACCGUGAUCUCAAGUGUGACAACAUCCUCGUGAGUAGCGAUGGGAAGGCCAAGCUGACGGAUUUCGGACUGAGCGCCUCGGUGACUGCGAUGACUCAGGGUAAGCGGUCAGGGGCUGUUCGCUGGGUGGCACCCGAGUGUUUGGCGGGGCAAAAGGGGUCCUAC